AUGGUCCAACUUCUCUCCGCCUUCGUUUCCCUCCUUUCGGUUGUUGCCGUCUCCGGCGCCGCCAUCCCGGCCGCCGCCCCCGCCCCCGCCCCCGAGGCCAUCGUCGAUAUUGCCGUCGAGACUGUUGAGACCACUGGCGACUUCACUGCCCAGGCUUGCCAGUACACCUGCGGUACCGUCUGCUACACCUCUUCUGCCGUCACUGCCGCGUUGAACAAGGGGUACGGCUAUUACAAGGCUGGAACCACCGUUGGUAGCAAUAGCUACCCCCACCAGUACAACAACUACGAGGGCUUCAGCUUCCCCACCGCCAAGCCCUGGUACGAGUUCCCCAUCCUGUCUUCCGGCUCCGUCUACACCGGCGGCUCUCCCGGCGCUGAUCGCGUCAUCUUUGACUCCAAGGGCAACUUGGACAUGCUCAUCACCCACACUGGCGCUAGCGGUAACAACUUUGUUGCUUGCAAGUAA